AUGCCUCGUGAACGCCGUCGUGUCUCAUCUUCAUCCUCCACUUCUUCAACAAGCUCAACAACUUCUUCAAGCUCCACUUCAUCCUACUCCACUGUUGCAAGUGAUCCGGAAAUAACCAACAGCGAUCCAGCAAUUACUGCAGUCGAACCGAAUUCUCCAAAUACAGUUGAAGUCAUCUUUCAACGAGCUACUACCGAGCAUGCCAAUAACAAUCAGCAAACUCUGCCUGAAACACCUGUCAACGAGUCAUCUCAACAGGAACAGUCCGUCACUAAGCCGGAACCACCACAGUUGGCUGAUGCGCAAAAUAACAUCACCACCAGCAGUUCAUCGUUGAAAGCUGGAAUGGAUACAGCAUCAGCGAUUGAUGAACGUUGUUCAUCUGAAACACAUACGAAGGAAGAAAAAACCGAGGUUGUUCCACAUAUUUCGGAUGAGAAAUUUGAAGAUAACGCGCAGAACGAUGCGAAAUGUACUCCACAAAAAGUAGCACCCAAAACCGAGCAACAACCAUGCAUGAAUCCAGCUGCUAUAACUGACAUCCAGAAUCAAAAAUUGGAACCGGGCAAGCAAAACGAUGAGAAGCGGGAAACGAUUAGUUUGACAGAUGUUACAGACACCGGCACAUCAUGUACGGAUGUGGCAACUGCAAGCAACGCCAAACCGAAUGAUCAAGUACUUCAAGAAUCAACCGAAAAUCUUACCGAAACAACACGGUCUUCAGAUGAAUCAAGUCAGCAAGUUACAGAAGCUGAUAAGAAUGUAGAAACAAUUGGAAACGAGCUCGCACCUGCAGAUACAGAAACCUGUGAAGUGGAAAGUGUUAAGAAUCAAGUUUCAGUAGAUCCGAAGGAACCGGAUGCAAGGAAUAUCGCCAGCGAAAGCGGAACAAAAUCUCCAAUAACAAACGUAGAUCCAAAUGGUAAAGUUGUGAGUGAGAGUACGCAAAAACAA